ACUUUUGACGAAAUUGGUUGAUAGUAUAAUAAUGACAAUUUUAUUCCUCAUUUAUUACAAACACUUAUAGCUCAGACGGAUCACCAAUCACAUUCUAUUUUAAGCUCUUCCAAACUUGGAAACUCCGAGACAUUUCCACUUUACUUUUUUACCCCUAAAACAUUUCCCUCUAUUUACUAAACUCUCCUCGGUUCCUUCUUCACGUAGUAACGCGGGAAGAUGGAAACGUCACCGGAGGAUUUCCGACGAAGUUCCGGCGAACCGGAGGAGAAAGUGUUCGUUGGAAGUAAUAAAUUCGCUGAUUCUUCAUCCAAUAGUUUCAACACUUUUCUUUAUCUCUCAUUAUGGCUUGGAGCUAUUCAUUUCAAUGGAGCAGUUAUUUUCUUUGCACUUUUCUUCCUUCCUUUCUCCAAAGCACUUUUGGUUUUUGGUUUGCUUUUUGUGUUAAUGGUGAUUCCUAUUGAUGAAAAGAGCUUAUACGGUCGCAAAUUAGCCAGGUAUAUAUGUAAGCAUGCUUGUAGUUACUUUCCUGUCACGCUUCAUGUAGAGGAUAUAAAGGCUUUCCAUCCAAAUCGUGCUUAUGUUUUUGGUUAUGAACCACAUUCAGUUUUGCCAAUUGGAGUUGUAGCACUAGCCGACAGCACAGGUUUUAUGCCUCUUCCGAAAAUAAAAGUUCUUGCGAGCAGUGCUAUAUUUUACACACCAUUUCUGAGACAUAUAUGGACAUGGUUGGGUCUGACACCAGCAACAAGGAAAAACUUUACCUCCUUGCUGGAUGCAGGCUACAGUUGCAUCUUAGUACCAGGUGGAGUUCAAGAAACAUUUUUCAUGGAGCACGGUAGUGAGAUUGCCUUUCUCAAGACAAGAAGAGGAUUUGUCCGUAUAGCAAUGGAGAAGGGGAAACCACUGGUUCCAGUUUUCUGCUUUGGACAGUCAGAUGUCUAUAAGUGGUGGAAACCAGGUGGGAAGCUGAUUCUGAAUGUCGCGAGGGCUAUCAAGUUCACCCCGAUAUAUUUUUGGGGACUUUUCGGGUCUCCAAUACCAUUCAAACAUCCCAUGUAUGUGGUGGUGGGUAGACCAAUUGAGCUUGAGAAAAAUCCGAAACCGACACCUGAGGAGGUUGCUAAAGUACAUAGUCAGUUUGUUGAAGCACUUCAAGAUCUCUUUGAACGAAACAAAGCUCGAGUUGGAUAUCCGGACCUUCAGUUGAAAGUUGUUUGACAAGGCCACAACUUCGACCAUCAACCUCUAUUUUCACAGGAAAAUUACACCUAUCUCCUCUUAGGUUAGGCUAUGUUUGCAAUGGUGAUACAACUUCUUUAGAUUAAGAAUAAGAAUUUAUAUAUCUAUGUCUAUUUAUAUGUCUAUCUAUAAGUUGAACAAAUUUUAGUUUUAGGUUAAUUAUAGAAGUGUCAUGUGUAGUAAAAAUAAACUUCAAUUCAUAUAUGUAAAGGAAAUUACUCUCA